UUCAUACCUCGCACCUUAUUAGAAACCGUUCAAAGUUGACUUCAAAAUCUCUGUCUUCCAAUCCAGAUUUCAUUUUGAAGAUGGAGAAUGAUACACAGAAACUAAAAUCCCAAACCCUAACUUCUCUUCCAGACGACAUAAUCUUCCAGCAAAUCUUAUCAAGACUCCCAGUAAAACCCCUAAUUCGCUUCAAAUCCGUUUCCAAAUCAUGGCUUUCUUCAAUUUCCACCCCACAAUUCGCAAAAUCCCAUCAAAAUUUCCACACUUCUCAAUCUUCAUCCCCUCAAUUUCUUCUCUUUUCAGGCAAUCCCGAUUCUCACCCUCUAUUCUCCUCGGUUACAUUCGAUCAACACGGCAGUGUCGAAGAAACCCUAAAUUUCAAUUGCCCCUACAAUGGUGGUGAUAAAGCUAUCAAUGUCAUGGGUUGUUGCAACGGUUUGGUAUGUUUUCAUGACCAAAACUAUAAUUUCUAUAUCUGCAACCCUGCUACACAACAAUGUAGAUAUAUUAAUGUUGUUGAUUAUCCUUUUAAUUCCACUGAUAAUGUGAUAUCUGCUGGGUUUGGUUACGUUUCUUCGAUUGAUGAUUACAAGAUUGUUUGUUUAACCAAGAAAUCGAAUGGGAUCUGUUUACUUCGGUUCAAUGAUUUGGUUAAUACUAAUGUUCAUAUGAGGACUGGUAAAUGGGAAAAAUCGUUGUCUGUAUUAGACAUUAAUGACGUUAUGAUUGAUCGAGAGGAUGUGCCAGCUUUGGUAAUGGUGUUCUGUACUGGGGUUCGAGUUCGGAUGACGCUAAUAGGCAUAUUAUUGGAGUCGAUUUAAUCACUUGACUCCCGUCGCAAUUGAGGAUAUGGUUAAUACACUUGACCCUUAUCAAAGGUUGGAAUUAUUUGGUAUAAAAGGGAGUUUGUGCUUGUGUUAUGGGCGUAAAGUGUUCAGAUAUGAUUAUUCGCCUAAGUUUUAUGAUCGUAAAGUUUGGAGAUUGAACAAAGAUGAUUUGACUUGGACGAAAAUGUAUGAUCUGAAUUGCAAUGAUAUGCGUUUGUUGGGUAUUUCUGAGACUGGUAAAUGGUUGGUGUUAAAUGGUAAAUUGCUUGCAAUACUUGAUCCGAGUAAAAGUUUUUAUAGACAAUAUCAAGGUGGUACUCAUUUUGAUGGUCAUGUUGUUAGCACUUGGGAUUACAAGAUGAGUUUGGUUUAAACUGUUCUUGAAUAAGUAUGAAUGGACUAGUCUAAUCUUUUGUGUACUUUUGUCCUUGGUUCAGGCAGCAUUUCAUGGCUAGGUGUUCCAACUUCCAAUCAAGUGCUCUAAUGGUAGUAUUUACUCAGUUUUUGGAGUUUCAAAAAGAGGGAUCUUUUACCAAAACGGCUAGUUUGACAAAAGUAUUUACCAAAACGGCUAAUUAUAAAAUUUAAUUCCCAAACUAGCUAAUUUAUUAACUUGGAAGGAAUUUAUCCAUUUCUUAUUUCCUUUGAACCAGUUUGGUUCUUUUUUUAAAAAAAAAAAAUUGGUUUAUUUUUAUUUCCUUAAAGAUUUUUUUAAGUUGGAAAAUUUAAGCAGUUUACAAAACUAAGAAGAAUGUAAACAGUGGCAGACUCGCAUAUCCCUAAUUUCGAUCCAAAAAAAUAAAUAAAUUAAAAGCCCUAAUUUUUCAUCUUGAUCAUAUCAGUCACAAAAAUUUGGAAUUUCAAUUAUUAUUGUUCUAUCAAUAUUACCACAAAUUUAUACUACGAUAAGGGAAUUUAAGCUACUGUUUAUCUUUUUCAUGUCUAUUAAAUUAAUUGUAUACUCUUUGUUUAUGUCGGCUAGUAUGAAUAAUUUUUUUGUUUAAUGUGUAUGAUAAAUCAAACUUACAUAUAUUUAUUUCUAUCUUUAUGUGUUAAAAAAAAAUAGUUGUAUUUUUUUUUCAUUUGUUGAUUAAAAGUUUGGAUCAUUUUUUUUGAGUGGUUGUUUAAGUUGUGUAACUUUUUUAAAAAUUGAGAAUUGCUGCAUAUAUAUUAUGUUGAUUGUUAUUGUUCAAAUUAAUGGGAUAUUUUAAACUAUGG